CUUACCACUGAGCUACAUCCCCAGCAAAAAUAAACUUUUAAAAAUACAUUCUUUGGUGAAAGGGCUAAUUACAAAGUAAAAUAGCUCUAAAAUAUUAAGUUUCAAAAGAAUGAAGAAUGUUUCCACGAUUGUUUAUCAAAAACAAAAACAAAAGAGACCAGGAUUAAGGCUACUCAAAAUCAUACCAAUUACGUUAAACCUAGGGGAGAAAUGAGAGGAGAAAAAAAGAAGAGUGGAAGAACUACUGGUCUCUAAAUGAAGUCCUUUUCAUAUGUAAAGUUAAAGGUCUCUUUCAAUUACUAAACAGUUCUUUAAAAUGCUAGUAUUGCUAACAAUUUCAGUUCAUAAAUAUACACCCAAACACAUUUUACCUUUAAAAAAAAAAGCCAUAUUCCAAAUGCAAAAGGAGAAACAGGCUUAAAGUGAUUUUUUUUCUUUCUCAAUUAUUGCCACUAAAACAAAAUAACACAAAACCGAUUGAGAGAGCUUGCCAAAACCCCACAAGGCAUUUCCGCAUAAAAAGAGUUAAUUCACCAGUGACCAUUUGCAAGCCUGCUAGGUAUAGUCCCAGCAGACACACUAUCAGAUUAAAGGAACUGCAAACAAACUGGGCUGAAACCUUUCUUUGUCCAAACCCAGCCUCUUCUUCCUGUGAUGUCAUAUUACAAACCCAGCAAGCCUUUUCUUUCAACUUCAGAGAAAGCCCGCCUCACAAUACAGGCAGCAACUGUGGAAAAGGCCUCAAUUCAGCAAGAACUAACAUGCUUCGGAGUUUAUUUUGGAACCUUUAAAAAAAGACUCUUCUACUUACCACCAUUUGAGAUCCACUGCGGCAAAAUAAAAAGGGGAAAUAUCAUCUAAAAGAAGUCUAGAGGACAAAUUAGGAAUGUUUCAGUUUCUGAAACUCUGCACUGAAAAUCAAAGCGAGACUGACAACUUAUACUUUCUGGAGCCCGAAGGAACUUUCAUUUUGGAAUAUUCAUCUUGACUACAGCAGAACAAGUUACAACACAAAUGGUCGUGUUCCUACCCAAAGAAGCAGCUUUUCUUCACAUCUGCAAUCCUAUGGGUUGGCUUCACUGACUGAACUUUCCCUCACUUAAUUAAGCCCUAGGAUUCAUGGAUUUUCUAGGGACUAGAAAAAUGAGAAUAUUUUCCUGUUAAAGAAGCUACUACAGCGACAAGUUUCAUGUUUCUUUUGGAGAUUUCUGAAGGAAAUAUUUAUAAAAUCACCAAAAGAUCGAAAUAGUCUGCAAACAAAUUGGGUGUUGGUUAAUCACAACCUGAAUACUGAGGGCGACUGCCGGCAGGGGACAAAAGGGCCUCACUCAGAAAGCGGGACUGCCUUUAUCAUGGUAAGCUCUAACAGCUCCCAUUGCUUCUACGAUGACUCCUUUAAGUACACUUUGUAUGGCUGCAUGUUCAGCAUGGUGUUUGCUGGGUUAAUAUCCAAUUGUGUUGCCAUAUACAUUUUCAUCUGUGCCCUUAAAGUACGGAAUGAAACGACAACGUACAUGAUUAACUUAGCAAUGUCAGACUUGCUCUUCGUCUUUACUUUGCCCUUCAGGAUUUUUUACUUUGCAACACGGAACUGGCCGUUUGGAGAUUUGCUUUGUAAGAUCUCUGUGAUGCUGUUUUAUACCAACAUGUAUGGAAGCAUUCUGUUCUUGACGUGUAUUAGCGUAGAUCGAUUUCUGGCGAUUGUCUACCCAUUUAAGUCAAAGACUCUAAGAACCAAACGAAACGCAAAGAUUGUGUGUGUUGCGGUGUGGUUAACUGUGAUGGGAGGAAGCGCACCAGCAGUUUUUUUUCAGUCUACCCACUCUCAGGGUAACAAUACCUCAGAAGCCUGCUUUGAAAACUUUCCAGAAGCCACGUGGAAAACGUAUCUUUCAAGGAUUGUAAUUUUCAUCGAGAUAGUAGGAUUUUUUAUUCCUCUCAUUUUGAACGUAACUUGUUCUAGUAUAGUGCUAAGAACUUUAAAUAAACCGGUGACAUUGAGUAGAAGCAAAAUAAACAAAACUAAGGUUUUAAAAAUGAUUUUUGUCCAUUUGGUCAUAUUCUGUUUCUGUUUUGUGCCUUACAAUAUAAAUCUGAUUUUAUAUUCCCUUAUGAGAACACAAGCAUUUGUUAACUGCUCAGUAGUGGCAGCAGUAAGGACAAUGUACCCAAUCACUCUCUGCAUUGCUGUUUCCAACUGCUGCUUUGACCCCAUAGUUUACUACUUCACAUCGGACACAAUUCAGAACUCGAUAAAAAUGAAAAACUGGUCUGUUAGGAGGAGUGACUCCAGAUUCUCUGAAGUUCAAGGCACAGAGAAUUUUAUUCAACACAACCUGCAGACCUUAAAAUGUAAAAUAUUUGACAAUGAAUCUACAAUAUAAGCUGCCUGAAAUAAAAGCACUGAGACUUCACUGGGAAAAGAGCCUCCAAGUUCCUUCAACUGUGAAAAGUAUUCUCUCGGAAAAAACUAUUUCUACACCUCCAAAAGAAAAUAAACAUGUGGACACUUUAAUGUUUUUAAAGAAAAUUUGUAUUCAAUGUGUUAAGCAUUAAAAUAUAUUCCGUUCUUGUAUAAAUUCCA